AUGGCCGGGGGCCAGGCCACGGAGGCGUGCUGCUCGGCCCUGGAGGCAGCCCUGGGGCCCGAGGCCAACACCUCGAUGCGCAACUGCCUGUGCGUGGAGUCAGUGUGGGAUGAUGUCACCAUGGCCACGGACCAGCUGGCGAUACCCAUGCGGAGGAUCCUGGACGCGUGCAACUCCCGGCUGGGUGCGCGGGUGCCGUACUACCAGGGAGAAGGCGUCGGCCUGUGCGCCGGCGCGCCCAUGAAAGUCGAGCCGUCCUACGACCCGCCCAGGAACCCAGAGGAGGUGUGCACGGGCCCGGCCCUGUACGCCCCCCUGGCCGAGACCACCUGCCGGGGCGCCGUUUCCGGGUCGGAGAUGGAGGAGGCGUGCUGCCGCGCCUUCGACAGGGUCAUCGGCGCGGGGUCCAACGAGUCCACGCGCAACUGCGAGUGCGUGCCUUCCGUUCGCGCGGAGUCCUGGGAGUUCUUCGGCGCGCUGGGCCUGCCCAUCGGGGACCUGUGGAGCGACUGCAAGUGA